AUGUCCUUCCAGCACCUCGACAACGCCCCCAAGGCCGACGACUUCACCCCGCUAUCAGAACACCAAUCGCAGACCCCGACGUCCUUUUUCAGCGCAAAGCCCGUUCUCCAUGCUCACUAUGAGGGCAUGACUCUGGUGGCUGCCGCGGACCAGCUAAAGCAAGACGCGGCGUUUAGCAAGUUCAGCUCAAGACGCGAGGGUGAAGAAGACUUUGUACAUGGCAUGGACGUCUGGGUGUCCUCUGAAAAUGUUGUCCUGUUCCAGAGCACGCCCUCUCCUGUCGGCGUUUCCAUCCCAUAUCCUUCUCUCGCCCUCCAUGCCACCAUGAAGUACAAGACUACGAUUGAGGCGCUAUACGUGAACAUAUCACUCAACGACGCCGACACCGUAAACGAGGACGACGAUAUCCAUAUGCUCGAGGUCACCUUACUGCCCCCAUCGUACACUUCGAAACCCACCGAGACAUGCAUUACAGACCUUUUCACCGCGCUCAACACUUGCGCAGACCUGCAUCCCGACCCGGAUGCCAGCGAUGACGAUGGCGAAGACAUACUGGACGACACAGCACCUGGUGCAUCUGGUUGGAUAACGGCUGAGAACAUGGACGAGUAUAUGGAUGAGAAUGGUAACUUCAGUGGCAUGGUGAUUGGACAAGAGCUGGGACCCGGUGCCGGAACAGUGAGAGCAAGGGAAGACACCGAGGAAGGCGCCAAUGGUGUGAAUGGUACAGACGGGCACGAAGGGAAGUACUAUCGCACCGGCUGA